CUUCCACUCUCCCCUUCACCACCAUCCACCACUGCCCCCUUUGUCCUUUGCCCACCACCUUCGUCCCCUUCCACUUGCUCGCUCGUCUGCCCAUCUUCCUCGAGACCAACUGUGAUAUUCUAUCCAGAAGCAACCCAGGUCGCAGGGCUUGUUGCACCACUGGUGCCCCUCAUCGGCUCCCCCAACGAAGUGCUCCUGGACCUUGACCGAUCGAAGCUCCCUCCGCCUUUUGCUUGCCACUGGCAAGUGGUUUUGCUCCCUGCCUCUCCUCCCUACCCAUCUGUCGCAGCCCGCCUGUCCUGAGCCUCUCUCCUGCUCUCCUGUUCCGCGAUAAAUUAACUCCACCGUUUCUCAUCCUUGGACUGACGGCGACCAAUGAGAACGACGUAACGGCAUCCCGAUAGCCUCCCACACACCCACUCCAGCCAUCCUCAUGGCGCGACGUUACCAGAUCGAUGAGCUGCUAUGGCUGCGCUCAUCGCCUCUGGUCACAAAGCCUCCCACUUUACCCUCGGUAGAAGAAUGGAUGGGCCCAAUCCCCGAUCCAGCUACCCAACGGAAAAUCACCAAUCCUCGAGACCCCAAUAACCCACAUGAGACGACCCCCAGAAGACCCAGUAUCUUUGAAACUCGUCAUAUCUCCCGUGGAUCAGCUUCAGAAGACAUCAUUCUCGGACCCCCCAAGACCGCUUUUGCUUCGGCAUCUCGCAUACCCGGUAAAGGAUCGAUAGAUGCUACGGAACGACCUUCCAAACCUACAGACCAGGACGAUUCGAAGAACGACCGAUUCAACUUACGGGAGAAGUUUUUCAAAGACCGGGAGUCUGGUGAACGUGACUUUGACCGACGAGAUGCGAAACUAGGAACAUUUAACAACCGGCGUGGGGACCGAGAAGACUGGAACAGCGGACGCCCCCGCCGUACCUUCGGCCAAGAAGAGCAAGAAAGAAAGCCCAGACGCAACGGAGAAUUUGAUCGGUGGGAAGCAACCCGCGAUCAGCGUGAUCCCAACAAUGACCGCGGAGCUAGAGAUAAGGAUGCGCGAUUCUUCCCGCGGAAGGACAACACUCCCGGACGUGCGAGACAUGAGGGAAGUUGGUUCCGUGAUGAUAAUGCUCAUGAUGCGCCCGAGGCGGAUGAGGAGAAGACUCCGGUACGAAACCGAGAAUGGCGUCGGGAUCGGCACGGUGCAGACCGUGACUGGACUCGGGGUGCCAAGUUUGAACAGGAGCCCGAAUGGUUGGAUUCGACCGAUAAAGAUGAGUCUCGGCGCGUGCACACACAAGAAGACUUUGAGCGCUGGAAGGAAAGGAUGAAGGCAGGCUCUUCCCAGGCUCAGACUGAGGAAAAGGAAGUCCCCGUGGAGCCAGCUGCUGCGCCUGCGCCGAAGCCAGAGCCUCGGCCUACCGAUGGCGAGAUCUUCAGCAGCAACGGCACUCCGUUUACGUCGGAUUCUGCCAUGGAGCGCUUCUUCGGAUUGCUCGGGGACUCCAAGCCACCCCCGCCCCCCCAGGUACCCCAGGUGCCCCAAGAGAUCAGCCCGCCCCCUGCCAUGGAAGCUUCAAACAAGAAAGAGCCUCUUCCGGGAAAACUUGGGAAGUCCUCACGAUUUGCUGGUUUAUUCUCACCACCUCCAGGGAGCCCCGCCAAGGACCCGGAAUAUCAACCAGAGACGAAGUCAUCGCCUUCCACCCACGCUGUCAAUACCGAUGCUGAUCAGGAAGGGUUCCAACGUAUCCUGCAGAUGCUUGGUGGAGGAAGAUCACGCAACGCUACGCCUCAUAAUGACCCUAUGCCAACUAACCGACCGCCUUCUCAGGUGCAGGCCGAGCAAAUUCGAAGCGCCGUUUCAUCUCCGGCUCGGGAUCAGAUCAAGCGGCAGGAGUACCUGGCCAUGCAGGAGACGGUUGCCCGGACCGCUGGCCCUCCCUUCAAGGAGAACCCUUACAUUCAGGAAACUCAGGCUCGUGACCGGGAACAUCUCCUGCGAUUGAUGCAACAGGUUCGCGUCAGUCCUGUUGCUAACCCGGGUAUCCAGAGCCAGCCACAGAGCGCUGGCCCUGUUGGCCCGGCUCCUGGUUUAAUGAGUAUGCCGGAAGUGCUGUCUCCUCCACCAGGCAUCCCAUCUGCUCAAAAGGGCCCCAACUUCCUGGAUGACCCGGCGAUCGCUAACAUGCAGAGACCUGACGCCGAUCAUCUCCGCCGCAGACCCGCAAAUGGGCCGCCCAUGGGGUAUUUCGAAGAUAUGCCGUUUCCCCAGGGCAACCACCUCCCCAUCACGCCCGGCGGAACUCGGGGUCCCCAGGGCCAAGCUCACCCGGCCAUGGGCAUGCAGCGACCUCCAGGCUUCGAGCACCUGCCUCCUCCCGGCUGGCCAGGCCCUCAGCUUCCGCCACAGCAAGCUGCCGGACCGGCGCCUUUGGCCCCUCCGCCGGGUAUCCCGACACCUACGCGCGGGGUUAACCCAAGCUACAUGUCAAACAUGAUGCCUAUGCAUGCUGCUGCUCCACCGCUUAGCGAGCGCGAACCCUUCCCACGCCCGCCUCCUCCCGGCAUGAUGCCUCCCCCGGGCUACAUGAACGGGCCCCCGCCCUCUGGCUUCCCACCCAUGCCGCCCAACGGGGAUGCUCUCAUGGGGCUUGCCCACCGUGGACAGGGACCUUUUGAUGGCAACCCCGGACCGCAAGUGCCUCCCCCUUCUUCCCGGCACCUGUUGGACAUGUUCGGCCAGGUUGGCGGUGACGCCAGAGGCGGCAUGAUCGGGCCUGGACAGUUCCGGUAGGCGGGAGCGGGUGGGGUGGUUUGUACAGGAUACACCGGGAGAAUGCAGCAACGAUGAGAUAAUUCCUUGAUCUUCUCCUACUUAUGUCUUUGUUAUGCCCGAUCAAUACACCUUCUAAUCUUCUUGUAUCUGGUUCAUUUACAUGUGUCUGUUUGGUGCAUGACAAAGGCAGGGGUAGGGACAUCCAGGGAGAGGCCUGGCCAUCAGCGGUGGCUAGGCAGGAUGAGGAGACUGUAUCACAGCCAGGUUCAAGAUGAGUCUGGAUGUACAACAACCCCGGGGGUUUGGAUAAAGGAGCAAUGGGCAGAUCCAGGAUCUCCGGUCAUGAUGAUAGCAGCAUGAGUACCUAGCUGGUCAUGACUUCAAUGAAACCUAUUGCUUGGA